UGUCUCUCGCCACAUUUGUUGAUCCCGGUUAGUCAAUGAUGGAGAAAUCGACAAUUUAAUAUAAUACAUGAUCCGUUGCACAAAAAGUUGAUGCAUAACCGGAAACAUAAAUGGUGUUCUAAGCAAAAAUUUUGAAAAUCCGAGCCAAAGUAUUUUAAACGUAUUUUAUUUCUGUGAUUUAUCUGUGGUUUUAAUGGUGUCAUUUACUUUGUAUUGAAUGUGGAAAUUUCGGUUUGGGAUCUAAUGGAUUUUAUAUAUGUUUGAUUUUAAUGGCUUUUCAACCAAAUCAAAGAGGUAAAGAUCCGAAUUUCGUAUGCAACUAAAAUUUUAAAAAGGCUUCAUAGAAUUAGCGAAUCGGAAGAUAUUGGAGGAGCUUCAACUUAAGAAGCAACUUUUACUGAAACAAGGAGUAGCAUCCACGUUGAGCUCGACAGCGCUACCGGUAUUGGGAUCGACUGUUGUCCAAAAUAACGACAACCAUUCAAUAAAUUCACUGCAACGAGCAGCUUUGCAAACAGCACAUUCCCAGUCAAUGGGGUAUUUUAUCAGUCAGGAUUCCUCAUUUGGGAACUUGAUUUUGCCCGUUUUGCCUCGGUUUGAUUCCAAAUAAUGUUCCCAUGUCUCAAGUUGAGCAAAUUACAAGAGCUUUUAGAAGGUAUAUCUGGAUUUGAGAAACCUAAGCUUUUGUUGGAGCAGUACAUUACACCACCACAUUUGGGCUCUCAUAUGCUACACAUUGUUCAGGCCCAUUAUGGAGACAUUACCGGAAAAAUUAUAGCAGAUCUUGGUUGUGGGUGUGGAGGAUUGUCUGUUGGUGUGGCUCUCCUGAAUGCUGGUUUAGUGGUAGGAUUUGAAAUUGAUGGAGAAGCGUUAGAUAUUUUUCGAGUGAAUGUUUCUGAGUUUGAGUUAGUGAAUAUAGAUGCCAUUCAGUGUGAUGUCCUGAACAUAUCAGACAGGUUUUUCAAAAAGUUUGAUACUGUAUUGAUGAAUCCCCCUUUUGGCACAAAAUGCAAUAUCGGGCUUGAUAUGAAAUUUCUGGAAGUGGCUUUUCAGCUUUCGACAAGAUCUGUGUAUUCAUUGCACAAGACAUCGACAAGGAAGCAUGUUUUGAAGCACGCUGCAUCUUUGGGUGCAAAGGCCGAAGUCUUGGCCGAGCUUCGCUACGACUUGCCUUCAACAUACAAAUUCCACAAGAAAACCUCGGUAGACAUUAAUGUUGACUUUUAUAGGUUCUUGAUUUCAUAA